CAUUGCUGUUACUAGAGUUGUUGUUUUCAUAGAAGUGUGCUGUCAGAAUCCCUGUCGCUCGAGGUGUUCAGCGACACCGACUCCUAACUCUUUUUUGAACAAGGAUUACCAUUGCCUCUGUUGUGGAGGAAGGCAUGGACGACGACGACCCAGAGCGGAUAGUCCCGUCUGGGAGGCCGGAGGGACAGCGCACUGUGAGUGCUCCAUCGUCGACACUAGGCCCAGGCCUGGCUUCAGCUGGCGUUGGGCAGCAGCAGCAGCAGCACGGGCACCCUCAGGCCCCCCACCCACAGGCCCACCCUCAGGCCCAUCAGCACCCACCCUCUCAAGCAACCCACACUCAAAGCGUACCUGCAGCCACCACCGCCACCUCCUCCUCAGCCCUUGGCACCAACAAGCAGCACACCCUCGCCAGAAGCAUGUCACGCAAGGAACAAGUCAAAGCGGCAGCAGAAGAGUCAAAAAAAUAUGUGAAGAAGGAGACGCGAGAAUUCUUUGGACUGGACGAGGCCUGUGAGGAGGGCCAGCGACUGCGAUGGCAGGAAAAGCGCAAGCGCCUGGCUAGUCGCAAGUAUGGCCAGCUCAAGGACCACAGCAACACUACCCACCACACACUGUCUUUCACCAGUGACUUCCACGCCUUACCAGAGCUUCAGGAGGGAGCAGCCAGUGGCUUAUCAGACUCCGUAGAUGGAGCGACCUGGCCCCAGCCUCCCCAUCGCGGGAAGGACUCCGUCGCCAAGAUGACCUGGGACGGCCUCUCCUUCGUUGCAGCUACGCUAGCGAAACGAAGAGCGAAGAGUCAGAUCUCGGGGACAGCGGGUGGAAGGUCCAAGAGUCGCAGUUAUGCUCCAUCAUCCAUGUCGGUUCCAGACGAUGUGUUCGACGAGCCGGAUGUAUCCCCAACCACAACUGCAACCACUACCACCACCACAGCACCCACCUUGCGACCCACUCCCCCUGUGGAUCACUAUACGAUGGAGUCACUAUCAGAUGAGGUGUUUUUUGACAGCAAAGUAGCAGGGAGUGCAGAAGCAGUUACUGGAGCCACAAGCUAUGACAGUAGUAAAGAAGUGGGAGGGGCAAGGUACCACCCGAGUGUUCAAGAGUGGCAGCGGCCUCCUGUUCAAGUCUCUGACUCAGUCGAUGCUAGCGGACGAUCGAGUGCUCAUAUUGGUCGCUCUCGCAUAUGGAAUCGAAUUUUAGACAGCUGUUUUGAUAACUCAGACAGGAGAGAGUAUGGAAGAGGCAUUGCUGGCCAGAUAUUCAGGAGGACUUUCAAGGAAAGCGUCAGGAAAGAAAAAGAUAUCAAAAAGCAGUUGGACGAGAUGAGUGACUACCGGCCAUACUUUACUUGGUGGGUCACAACAGUCCAGACUUUCAUCCUCCUCCUCUCCAUCACAUGCUAUGGCUUGGCACCACGUGGCUUCUCACGGCAGCAGCAGUCAGGGCAGGUCCUGAUGGCGAGUUUAUCAAUCCAGACAGUUGGUUAUUGGGAGCAGUCUAAUUUCUGGAUUGGCCCAAGACCGGCGGACUUGAUACACUUGGGAGCGAAGUUCGCCCCUUGCAUGAGAAAGGAUGAAAAGAUAUUCAGACACAUAGAAGAACAGCGGCGGGCAGAGAGAGAAACGGGGUGUUGCAUACGGAAUGACCAAUCAGGAUGCGUACAGUCAUCGCGGAGAGAAUGUUCGAAUCGCUUGUCUGUGUGGAAGAAGUGGAGUGAGUUAGCCAAGGGGCCGGAUGGUCGCCUCUCAGGCUCUGUUUGUGGCCAGGAUCCCAACUACUGCAAGGAGCCAGCGUCAGUUCCCCCGCACGAAUGGCCGGAUGACAUAACGCGCUGGCCCAUCUGCCGGAAAAGAAUUGCAGGCGUCAAGAAGAUCCAUCCGGCGGAACACAUGGCAUGUGAGGUCAUUGGCCACCCUUGCUGCAUUGGCAUCCAUGGGGAGUGCCGCAUGACCACACGCGAGUACUGUAAUUUUGUGCGCGGCUACUUCCAUGAAGAGGCUACGCUUUGCUCUCAGGUCUCCUGCUUGAACAACGUGUGCGGUAUGAUACCGUUCCACAACCCAGAUGUUCCAGACCAGUUUUAUAGAUUGUGGACAUCUUUAUUUAUUCAUGCAGGAGUUCUCCACCUGCUUAUCACAGUAGUGUUACAAUACUACCUGAUGAGAGACAUGGAGAAGCUGGCAGGACCGGUGCGCAUUGGGGUCAUCUACGUGGUGUCAGGCAUCGCGGGCAACCUAGCGUCAGCCAUCUUUGUCCCCUACCGGGCAGAAGUGGGUCCUUCAGGCUCCCAGUUUGGGCUGCUGGCAUGUGUGUUUGUGGAAUUCAUCAACUCAUGGCAGAUGAUGAGAAAUCCUUGGAGGGUUUUAGGCAAACUGGUGGUCAUGACAUUGACGCUCUUCUUGGUGGGGCUCUUACCGUGGGUAGAUAAUUAUGCUCACAUAUUUGGCUUCAUCUUCGGGUUCCUGCUCUCUUACGCACUGCUGCCGUUUGUGUCAUUCGGUCCGUACGACAAGCGGCGGAAGGUGCUGCUCAUCUGGGUGUGUCUGGUGGCCGUGGUGGUGAUGCUCACAGCACUAAUAAUACUCUUCUAUGUCACGCCCAUAUACGAGUGCAAGGUAUGCGAGUACCUUAAUUGCAUCCCUCUAACACGGGACUUCUGUGCAGAGCAGAACAUCCAUUUCGACCAAAAGAUGGAUAUGAUAUGAGAGGCUGAUGCUCCUGUCACAGGAUGUUCCUGUCGACAGAAUCAGCUGUCAGUCAACGGUCACCGACGUGCCAACAUUUCUAGUAAUAUAACCAGUGUAAUUAUUACCGUAUGUUAUACAAGUGAUCACUGCUGUUAUGGUCAUUUUCUAGUUUCAUACUCGGGGAAAUAUGGGAUUUACCAGCGCCUAUUUUGGCCCAUGUGUUUUAAGGGCCAAAUUAGAAUUGGUCAGAUAUACAAAUUAGCAUUGACUAGCAAUGGACAAGAUUUUUAUACAUAUUUUCCCUUGUGAAUGUAACAAACCCGUAAUUUGUCUUUUAAUGCAUAUAUGCCUUAUCUGGUAAGGUUGAUUCCACAUGAGUGUAUUCAGUAUCACCUGUUAAUAACUUGUUAAAGAAAAAUAAACAUGAAUUAGCAUUAGAAGAAUUUUUGUUGCCAUCUUGUGAGGAACAUUACCAUGUUGUUAGAUUUCAUAUAUUACUCAAUGAAGAUGUUCAGGUAACAAAAUAACCUUUGUUUCCCAUUUCAUAUUUCUCAAAGCAGUGUGGAGCCUUUUUAUGCAUUUUGCAGGAAGCUAACUUGUGAAGAUGAACAUUCAAAUGCAGUUACAAGGACAUGUAAACUUGUCUUGUCCAAAGCUGUAGUUCAUGUUGGUUUGUGCACGGCCUGUCUUAAUAUAAUAGUAAUAAUAAUUAUCAUUAUGAUUAUUAUUAUUAUGAUUAUUAUUAUUAUAAUUAUUAUUAUUAUUAUUAUUAUUAUUGUUAUGAUUAUGAUUAUUAUUAUUACUGUCAUCAUCAUCAUCAUUAUUAUUAUUAGCUGUAGUUCAUGUUGGUUUGUGCACGGCCCGUCAUGGUGUUGCAGUUGGCCCUGCCAGCCAGCCCUGCCCGUCGCAUCGGGAACGCAGCACAGUGAGGAGGGACAGGCAGAUGACCUGCGACCCCUGGGACACAAUUCUGAAAUACCUCCUGAGGCGUACUUAAUGUGACAGCAGCUGCGAGCCCAGUUGUGCAGGCUCCUGGGGAAGGGGGAGGGGAAAGGGCAAGGGGACAAGGGGAAUGAGGGAACAGGAGGAAACCCCGCAGAUUACAGUCAAAAACAAAGGAAAUCGCUCAAGCUCCGUGGUGACAGAUCUCAUGUGGUCUUGCAUAAUUGUGGCCCAAGUGAAGAAAUGGAGAGUGAAAGAUGCUUCAAAGGUCCUCCAAAAGUCUUCAUCUCAUUUCUUAUAGUUCUUAUUUAUUAGCAUGGUCAUUAUAAUUGUCGUUGUUGUUAUUAUUAUUAUUAAUAUUAUUAUUAUAUUAUUAUUAUUAUUAUUAUUAUUAUU